UCUCUUUUCUGGGUUGGUUGGUUGGAACUAUAAAUAAGCAACUAUGAAGCAGAGGGGCCAAUGGGAGUGAUUGUGAGAAAGAGAAAAGGGAUAGCAGAAGAAGGAAGAAAGCAAAGUAUUUAGGCCAUAAUUUUGGGAACCAAUAAUCCAUUUUUCCCUUAACGCUUAACCCUUCUUCUUCUUCUUCUUCUUCUUCUUUCCCUUUUCCUUAACUUCAAUCUCUUUUUUCGAUCUCUCUGUUCUUCAUCAUCAUCAUCAUUUUUUUCUUCUUUUUCUUCUUCUUCAAACUUCCCACUUAGUUUUUUUUUUUCUUUUUUUUCUUUUGGUAUAUGGUGUUGUUGUUCUUGUUGUAAUGGCAAUCCGUAAAGAUAUGGGUAAUUAUGAGCCUAUUAAAGGAGCAGAUGACUGUGAUCUCGUUAAUGAGACUGCUAUUCUCAUAAAUCCAGAUUCCGUUACUCUUGUCUCUGUUUCUAAGCACUGUAAUCAGAGUGAUGAAGAUGUUGAGAUGGCUCUUCGUGGUUCACAUUCCAGAUCUCCUCUUCCUAUUCACAAUGCCAAUCCCUUAACCACUCCUGUUUCUUCUAAAAUCGAUGAACCCCAAUUUUCAUCUUCUGUUAGACCUAUUCUCCGAUCUUCCGACCAAUGCCAUCGUCUUGUUUCGCUUGAUGUGUUUCGCGGUAUCACUGUUGCGCUAAUGAUAGUGGUGGACUAUGCUGGUGGGGUUAUGCCUGCAAUAAAUCAUUCGCCAUGGGAUGGUUUAACUCUGGCUGAUCUUGUAAUGCCAUUUUUCCUAUUCAUAGUUGGAGUUUCGCUUGCCCUUGCUUACAAGAAAAUUCCAAGCAGAGGCAUUGCAACUCAGAAGGCUGUGUUACGGACGUUGAAGCUUUUGUUCUUAGGCCUCUUUCUUCAAGGUGGUUUUCUCCACGGUGUAAACAAUUUAACUUAUGGAGUGGAUAUCCAGCAAAUUAGAUGGAUGGGAAUCUUACAGAGAAUAGCAAUUGCAUAUUUCCUGGCAGCCCUGUGUGAGAUAUGGCUAAAGGGCAGUGAUUAUGUGAAUUCAGAAACUGCACUGCGGAGAAAGUAUCAAUUACAGCUAGUUGCUGCUGUUGUCCUCACAAUGUUAUAUCUUGCCCUGUCAUAUGGAUUGUAUGUUCCUGAUUGGGAGUACCAAGUUCCAAGUCUAACUACAUCCGAUGUGGCUUCUCCAAAGAUAUUUUCGGUGAAAUGUGGCACACGUGGUGACACUGGACCUGCCUGCAAUGCUGUGGGAAUGAUAGAUCGUAAGAUAUUUGGUAUCCAACAUCUGUAUAAAAGACCUAUUUAUGCGCGGACUGAGCAAUGUAGCAUUAAUGCACCAGACUAUGGCCCAUUGCCUCCUGAUGCUCCUUCUUGGUGCCAAGCUCCGUUUGAUCCCGAAGGACUUUUGAGUACAGUGAUGGCUGUUGUUACCUGCUUGGUUGGCUUACAUUAUGGACAUAUCAUUGUACAUUUCAAAGAUCACCGAGACCGAAUGCUUCAUUGGAUUAUACCUUCUUCUUGUCUAAUUGUAUUGGCCAUUGGCCUGGACUUCUUAGGGAUGCAUAUAAAUAAGGUUCUUUAUACAGUUAGUUACAUGAGUGUCACUGCUGGUGCAGCUGGACUUCUCUUUACCGGGAUAUACUUGAUGGUUGAUGUGUACAGUUGGAGACGCAUGAAUGUGGUGAUGGAGUGGAUGGGAAAGCACGCAUUGGUGAUAUACGUUCUUGCCGCCUGCAACGUUCUGCCUGUGAUUCUCCAAGGCUUCUAUUUGGGUCAGCCUCAGAACAACAUUCUGAGGCUAAUUGGGGUUCCAUCGUGAAGGGGUCUAUCCUUUGGAAUAUAUAGAAUAGACCACAUAGCUCGUGAUGUCGAUUGGUAUUUUCUAUUAAAAGAGGAAGGAGCAAUAAAAUGGAGAGGUAUAUGGUCGCUUCAUGUGGUCAAUCAAGCACUCGCUCGGCUCGUAUCUAAUAGAGAAAAUUAGUUUAGUUUAGUUUUGUGUAAAAUAUUUAGAAGGAAUGAAAUUGAAGUUAUAUAUUAUUAUUUUGGUGCUCUGCCUCUACACAUCACUCCACUCAUUGUAUACCAUGUUUUUAAGCCCGCCCAAUAUAAUUCCACACAAAAGCAGAACUCCUACUGCGUGUUAGUUUUGGAUGAUGAUGAUGAUGAUGAUGACCUUAAAAUCUUAUUGAUGACGACCUUAAAAUCUUUCCUAUACUUUAUGAAGGAAAGUUAUAUGAUAUCAUUUGAUUGAUUGAAUGAAUGGAUUAUCUACUUUUCUAUGCAAA